CAAACCCGGAAGCGGCUGAAAGCGCACGCGUCUUUCUCGCGGAGCACAAUGGAGCUUCAGUCUCGUCAGACAGAAACGAUGGAGGAGGCAACACAGACCAGAGGAGCUCAGCAAGAAGAGAACUCGGGGAUGAAGAGGAAGCAUGUUGAAGAUGAAGAAGAGAAGAUGUCACCUAGCAAGAAGCAGGUGCUUGAUCACGGUGUGAAGGUGGCAAGUCACUACAACCAGCUGCAGGAAGUUGGCCGGGCAGCUCGUAGCAGAAGCCGAAUCUUCUUCAUGAGGAACUUCAACAACUGGCUGAAGAGUGUUCUAAUUGGUGAGAUCUUGGAGCAGGUAAGAGGGGCGGGAUCUCAGCAGGUGUCUGUGUUGGACCUUGGUUGUGGAAAAGGAGGAGACCUACUGAAGUGGAGAAGAGGAGGAAUCGAUCACCUGGUCUGUGCAGAUAUUGCAGGGGUUUCUGUGGAACAAUGUCAGAUUCGUUAUGACGAGAUGAAAAAAAAGAGUCACCGUAACGAGAAAAUCUUCACUGCUGAAUUCAUCACAGCAGACUGUUCAAAGGAGUUGUUGUCAGAGAAACUGGAUGAUGCUGAGCUUAUGUUCGACAUCUGCAGCUGUCAGUUUGUGUAUCAUUACUCAUUUGAGAGUGAGCAGAAGGCUAAUAUGAUGCUGAGAAAUGCCUGUGAGCGUCUUAAACCUGGAGGGUACUUCAUCGGUACAACGCCAGAUGCCUUUGAACUUGUUAAACGUUUGGAGGCAUCUGAUUCGCUGUCAUUUGGUAAUGAGGUUUUCAAAGUGACCUUUCAGUCCAAAGGUUCCUACCCUCUGUUCGGAUGUCAGUAUCACUUUAACCUCGAGGAAGUCGUCAACGUUCCAGAGUUCCUCGUCUACUUUCCUCUCUUUGAACACAUGGCGAAGCAGUACAAUAUGCAGCUGGUGCUGAAACAAAGAUUUGCAGAUUUCUUUGAGGAGAAGGUGAAGAAGGAGAAUCAUCGCAGCCUCAUGAUGAAGAUGAUGGCUCUGGAGCCAUUUCCCAGUGAGGAUGGUCUUCAAGCCUCAGACAGUGCAGAGGAAUACUGUCAUGCUAAAGAGCACUGUGACCGAGCCGACGUCAGAACUCCCCUGGGAACGCUGAGCAGAUCUGAGUGGGAAGCUACCAGUAUCUACCUGGUGUUUGUGUUCCAGAAGAUGUCCUGAUGCUGCGCUCAUCUGCUGCUGUUUGUCUCACUGUUCUUCAGCUCAUAUUUGUGUUUCUGUUGCUUUAAGUCAUUUUUGAUAAGAAAUGAUUGUUUUGUUUGUAAAUUAAACAAAACUUCUGUCAAACUUUUUUGUGUAUUGUUCUUCUGAAUUAUGGAAAAAAGCGUGUAUUUUUCUGGAUUACAGGAUAGUUACAAUAAACAGAAUUUACAGCCAUUUAAUGCAAACAGAUUAUUAUACUGUAGCUCUACUUAUGUUGAUGGGUAAAUUGGUUAUUUUUGAUUUGUUAAUCUUUUAGUUUGGCUUAAAAUUGAAUUUUUUUUUCAUUGUCUAAUGUAACUCUGAAAUUUGUUCUGUUGCAUUUCCAAAGUGCAAAAUGUAACUGUCAGAUUAAACCCCGUUUCCCUCCCC